GAAAAUUUCUUUUACAGUCAUGGAGAGACGGUGUUUUCUUUUCUGCCUGGCAGUUUUAGCAGUGACUGCUGUCAGCGGAUGUCCUAUUGGGCGUGAAUUCAUCACAGCUUUCAUGACAAAUUAUCAAUAUGGACAAGCCAGUCUGACUCUCACUAUAACAGCACAUUCCUCUCCAGCAACUGUGAAAGUUGAGAUAAAGGCACUGAGUUACAGUCAGAAAUUUGACAUAGGACAAGGUGAGACCAAAAGAAUUGUCCUCCCUUCAAAUGCUGAGAUUAACGAUGAAGAAGUCUCCAGCAAAACAGUGUACAUCUCUUCUACUGCUGACAUCUCAGUCGUGUCAUCCAACUUAAAAGAUUACACAGGAGACAGCAGUGUGCUUUUCCCCGUAAGUCAGCUUGGCAAGAGUUAUGUAGCUUUUACUCCAGACACGGGUCCACCUAAAUAUCAAAAGCUGGUAGCCAUAGUCAACGGCAAUUACAUGAACAAAAUUGAGAUCACCUUCAGCACAAAAAAAACUUUGCUUGAUUCCAUUUUUGGACUUGGAACCUCCAAAAAAACGAUCUCUUUGGCUCCCUAUCAAGUUUAUCAACUUCGCAGUGAAAAAACUUUGUCAGGAACAAAAAUCACAUCCAUGUCUCCAGUGGCUGUCCUGGCAGGACACGAGUGCUCCAUGAUCAUCGGCACCUGUGAGCAUGUCUAUGAGCAGCUGACACCAGUCGAGUUUCUCUCCAAUGAAUACCUGCUUCCUGCUAUGCAUCAGUCCUUAAGCAGAGACACAGCUUUCGUGGUUGCCCCAGAGGACAACACUAUUGUGUCCAUUUUCGAUAGUCAUAUUUGGUUCCCCAAAAAAAGAAAGCUAAAUUCUGGAGAAGUUUUACCCAUUGAUUUGAGCGCAAAUUCUAAGAUCAUUCAAAGUAGCAAAAAUGUCAUGGUAAUGUAUUUCAGUAGCAAUUUUCCAAAUGACGAGUUUCUAACCAAUGUCAUACCCACUUCUGAGAUGUCAAAGUCAUGGACCAUUCACUCUCAAGACAACUUUGAUAACACGCUUGUUGUUGUUGCUGAAGCUGCAUCAGCCUCCACUAUUAGUGGCUCAAUGAAGUGGAAAACAUUCCCUGCUAACAAAAAGUUUGUAUGGGCUACCAAGUCAAUUGGUUCGCAGAAAGGUCCCAUAACCGUAUCUGGUGAUUCCCUCAUGGCUGCUUAUGCUUUUGGUGGGAAAAUAAGAUAUGGAUAUGCCACAACAGGAGUCUGUAACACAGCAUUACCAUCAACGCCGCCUCCACCAGACCCCUGUGAGACAAUGAAGUGUCGUCAGCAAGAGGAGUGCAGGAAGGGUGUCUGUGUUGCCACUUCCACUGCUACUUGCCAUGCAGUUGGCGAUCCCCAUUUCAAAACCUUUGAUGGGAAACUAUUUGACUUUCAGGGAACUUGCACAUAUGUCAUGGUCAACAAUACAAAGACUCAAAAAGGCCUCAUACCCUUCACUAUCUUGACAAAGAAUAAUCACCGGGGAAGCACAAGGGUGGCAUAUGUGAGGUCGGUUUCUGUGCUUGUGUACACUCACACAGUUGUGGUUGGCAGCCAGAAAGGAGUAGUUGAGUUUGAUGGUGAAAACACUUACCUGCCUUUGAGUAUAGAUGGUGGGAAAAUAAAAGUGAAUCAGAGAGGGCUGAAUGUUAUUAUAUCGACAGAUUUUGGCUUAGAGGUGAAAUACGACUGGAAUAUGAUGUUGUAUAUCACCGCUCCAAGCAGCUAUUUCCAGACUGUAGGUGGUCUUUGUGGAAACUAUAAUGGUGACAGACGAGAUGAAUAUAUCGAUCCUAAAGGCAACACACUCUCCAGUAUCAUUGACUUUGCAAAAACCUGGAAGGUUCCAGAUAAUGAUUUGUUUUGCAAUGACGACUGUAAUGGACAAUGCCCAAGUUGCACUUUAAGUCUUCAGGAAGAGUACAAAAAAGACUCAAACUGUGGUAUCAUAGGCAAAGUCGAUGGGCCAUUUGUUUUGUGCCACAACACUGUGGAUCCUCGCAUGUAUGUCGAUAAUUGUGUAUAUGAUGUCUGCAUUAACAAUGGGGUCAGAAACUUCCUCUGCAACAACAUUCAAAGCUACGUUGAUGCUUGUAUGUCAGCUGGAAUUAAGAUCACUGGAAACUGGAGGACACUUGCGAAUUGUCCACUGAGCUGUCCAGUCAACAUGCAUUAUGAAUUCUGUGGCACAGCCUGUGCUGCAUCUUGCGCUGAUCGUAGUGCCCCAGACAAAUGUACACUGUCAUGUGUGGAGGGCUGUCACUGUAAUACAGGUUUUGUUCGGAGUGGAGCUGAAUGUGUACCUAUGAAUAAGUGUGGCUGCACAUACAAAGGCCGAUAUUAUCUUGCUGAGCAGACUUUUUGGAGUGAUGCAAAAUGCACAGAGAAAUGUGUGUGCAACCCUCAAACUGGAAAUGUUGAAUGUGCACCUGCAAAGUGCAAGAAGUCUCAGAUGUGUGACACACGAAAUGGAGUGAAAGAUUGUUAUCCAUUGUCAUAUGGUACCUGCCAGGCUGCAGGAGACCCACACUACCGGACGUUUGAUGGCAAGGCAUUUGACUUCCAAGGAACCUGCACAUAUUAUUUGUCCAAACUACUGAACACAGCUGACCCGACACUGAUACCCUUUGAAGUAUUGGUCAAGAAUGAGAACAGAGGAAGGAACAUGGCAGUUGCUUACACUAAGACUGUGUCCUUAAAAGUCUAUAACUUCACUAUUGUCUUAAGUAAGGAUGACCCAGGCACAGUGAAGGUCAACAAUCUGUUUGUGAAUUUGCCAUUUGAGCAAAAGGAUGGUCUCUUCUCAAUAUUCCGCAGUGGGUAUUUUGGCGUAGUUAAAACUGACUUUGAUCUGACUAUGAAAUUCAAUUGGGACAGCCACGUAGCAUUGACUCUCCCCAGCACUUACUACAGUGUCGUGGGAGGGCUUUGCGGCAACUGGAACGACAAUAUCAAUGAUGAUUUUCUUACUCCUGACAAAACCCUUGGUGCAACUGCAUCCAUUUUUGGAACCAGCUGGAAAGUCAAGGAUGAUCCUGGAUGUUCAGAUGGAUGUCAGGGAAAAGCAUGUCCUAAAUGUGAUGUUGCAGAGAGAAAUAAAGACACUUUUACAAAGCCUUGCAGCAAGAUCACUGACAAACAGGGACCUUUUAAAGGCUGCCACAGUAAAGUGAAUCCAAAUCAGUUUUAUGAGGAUUGUGUGUAUGAUAUGUGCAUGUACGGUGGCCAUUCAUCAGCCCUCUGUAGUGCUCUUACUGCAUACACAGCUGCUUGCCAACAUGCACUUGGUGCAGUGGAGUCCUGGAGAACUGACAGCUUUUGCCCUGCAUCUUGUAUGGACAACAGUCACUAUGAGGUUUGUGCAGCAGGAUGUUCACAGACCUGCCACGGCCUCACAGAACCCAAGGCCUGUGUGGGGACUUCUUGCGUUGAAAGCUGUAUAUGUGAUGAGGGCUUUGUCCUGAGCGAUGGUGUCUGUGUAGCUAUGGAACAGUGUGGCUGUUCAUAUGAGGGCCUUUACUAUCAAAUGGGCCAAGUGUUCUUCCCUCAAGACAAGUGUCUCCAGAGAUGCACCUGCAAAGAGAAUGGAAAAGUUCAGUGUGAUGAUGGAUUCAUCUGCAAAGCCAAUGAAAAGUGCCAGGUCCUGAAUGGAGUACAGGGUUGUUUCCCAGAUGGCAAAGCAGUUUGUUCAGUGUCAGGAUUUGGGUUUUAUCAGUCAUUUGAUGGAAGGUCCUUCAGUGUUCAAGGAGACUGCGAGUACAGAUUGGUUGAAACAGCUCUGGACAACGAUGAUGACAUGAGCUCUUUUAGUGUCUUAAUCAAACAACAGUCCUCUGAGAUGGUCUUCACUCGAAGAGUUGAAAUACAAAUAGAACAGUCCACAAUUACUUUGCUGCCCGGCCACAUCUGGGAGGUUCAGGUUGACAAAGUUAAAACCAAUCUUCCUGUCACUGUGGGUGAAGGACUUAUACAAGUCUAUCAGAGUGGUAUUAACAUUGUUGUGGAAACAGACUUUGGAUUGAAACUGACAUAUGAUACAGUCUCCGUGGCCAAAAUCGUGAUCCCAUCCACUUUUAAAAAUGCAGUUAAAGGUCUCUGUGGAAACUACAAUGGAAACAGUGCAGAUGAUUUUCUCCUUCCAGGUGGUAUUCAGGCAUCUUCUGAGGUAGAGUUUGCUGAAGCCUGGGUUUCGCCAUCAGAUAAAAUGAUGUGCCAAACAGGCUGUGGAGCUAACUGUUUAAAGCCUGACAAAGACAAACAGACCACAGCAGAGACCGCUUGCAGUUUGUUAAUCACAGAGAAGGGACCGUUUUCUAGCUGUUAUGAUAAAAUUUCACCACAGAAAUAUUUCGAUGAUUGUGUCAAAGAUGUGGCACAAGCAACAGACAAGACAGCUCAUUGUCGCCACAUACAAAACUAUGUUGCCAGCUGUCAAGAGAUUGGAACGUCAAUCAACAUUUGGAGGAACACAACCUUCUGUCCACUGACAUGUUUCAAAAACAGCCACUAUGAACUCUGUACCGACACCUGUUCAUCUACCUGUGCAAGCCUGACAAAGUCACAGAGAUGCCCGUUGUGUCAGGAAGGUUGUCAGUGUGACGAUGGUUUCUUGUUUGAUGGAGGUGAAUGUAAGGCUUUGCAGGAUUGUGGAUGUCAUGUAGAUGGAACAUUUUACAAGUCUGGUGAGGCAGUUAUUCUGGGAGAGUGUGAAGAGACAUGCACUUGCAAAGCUGGAGUGUUCACCUGUGUACCUUUGGAAUGUAAAGAGGAGGAGAUAUGUGGCGUAAAAAAUGGUGCUACUGGAUGCUACAGCAAAACAACAUACUGUCCAGUCAACAUGCACUAUGAGGCCUGCGGCACAGCCUGUGCGCCCACUUGUGCUGAUCGUAAUCCAGCAGAGUGUGCACUGCCAUGUGUGGAGGGCUGCCAGUGCAAUGCAGGUUUUGUUCACAGUGGCGAUGAGUGCAUACCUGUGAAACAGUGUGGCUGCACGUACAAAGGUCGAUAUUAUCUUCCUGAUCAGACAUUUUGGGGUGAAAAACAAUGCACAGAGAAAUGUGUGUGCAACUCCCAAACUGGAAAUGUUGAAUGCGCACCUGCAAAGUGUAUGAAUUCCCUGGUGUGUGGAGUACGGAAUGGAGUGAAGGAUUGUUACCCAUUGUCAUAUGGUAUCUGCCAGGGUGCAGGAGAUCCACACUACCGCACAUUUGAUGGCAAGGCAUUUGACUUCCAAGGAACCUGCACAUAUUAUUUGUCCAAACUACUGAACACAGCUGACACGACCCUGAUACCCUUUGAAGUAUUGGUCAAGAAUGAGAACAGAGGAAGGAACAUGGCAGUUGCUUACACUAAGAGUGUAUCAUUAACAGUUUAUGGAUACACAAUUGUCUUAACUAAGGAAAGCCCAGGCAAAGUGAAGGUCAACGAUCUGUUUGUUAAAUUGCCAUUUGAACUGGAAGAUGGUCGACUCUCAAUAUUCUACAGUGGGUAUUUUGGCAUGAUAAAAACUGACUUUGGUCUGACCUUGAAAUUCAAUUGGGACAGCCAUGUAGCAUUGACUCUCCCCAGCACUUACUACGGUGUCGUGGGAGGGCUUUGCGGCAACUGGAACGACAAUAUCAAUGAUGAUUUACUUACUCCUAACAACACUCUUGCUGCAACUGCAUCCAUUUUUGGAACCAGCUGGAAAGUCAAGGACGAUCCUGGAUGUUCAGAUGGAUGUCAGGGAAAAGCAUGUCCUAAAUGUGAUGUUGCAGAGAGAAAUAAAGACACUUUUACAAAGCCUUGCAGCAAGAUCACUGACAAACAGGGACCUUUUAAAGGCUGCCACAGUAAAGUGAAUCCAAAUCAGUUUUAUGAGGAUUGUGUGUAUGAUAUGUGCAUGUACGGUGGCCAUUCAUCAGCCCUCUGUAGUGCUCUUACUGCAUACACAGCUGCUUGCCAACAUGCACUGGGUGCAGUGGAGUCCUGGAGGACUGACAGCUUUUGCCCUACAACCUGUAAGUCACACAGCCACUAUGAGGUUUGUGCAGCAGGAUGUCCACAGACCUGCAGUGGCCUUACAGAGCCCAAGAGCUGUAAGGGCACUCCCUGCGCUGAAGGCUGCACAUGUGACAAGGGCUUUGUCCUUAGCGAUGGUGAGUGUGUGGCUGCACAGCAAUGUGGCUGUACUUACAAGGCCCAGUACUACCAGUUGGGUCAAGUGUUCUUCCCUCAAGACAAGUGUCUCCAGAGAUGCACCUGCAAAGAGAAUGGAAAAGUUCAGUGUGAUGAUGGAUUCACCUGCAAACCCAAUGAAAAGUGCCAGGUCCUGAAUGGAGUACAGGGUUGUUUCCCAGAUGGCAAAGCAGUUUGUUCAGUGUCAGGAUUUGGGCUUUAUCAGUCAUUUGAUGGAAGGUCCUUCAGUGUUCAAGGAGACUGCGAGUAUAGGUUGGUUGAAGCAGUUCAGGUUCAGGAUGUAAAGAGCUCCUUCAGUGUCUUAAUCAAACAACAGUCCUCUGAGAUGGUCUUCACUCGAAGAGUUGAAAUACAGUUACAGCAAUCCACAAUUACUUUGCUGCCCGGCCACAUCUGGGAGGUUCAGGUUGACAAAGUUAAAACCAAUCUUCCUGUCACUGUGGGUGAAGGACUUAUACAAGUCUAUCAGAGUGGUAUUAACAUUGUUGUGGAAACAGACUUUGGAUUGAAACUGACAUAUGAUACAGUCUCCGUGGCCAAAAUCGUGAUCCCAUCCACUUUUAAAAAUGCAGUUAAAGGUCUCUGUGGAAACUACAAUGGAAACAGUGCAGAUGAUUUUCUCCUUCCAGGUGGUAUUCAGGCAUCUUCUGAGGUAGAGUUUGCUGAAGCCUGGGUUUCGCCAUCAGAUAAAAUGAUGUGCCAAACAGGCUGUGGAGCUAACUGUUUAAAGCCUGACAAAGACAAACAGACCACAGCAGAGACCGCUUGCAGUUUGUUAAUCACAGAGAAGGGACCGUUUUCUAGUUGUUAUGAUAAAAUUUCACCACAGAAAUAUUUCGAUGAUUGUGUCAAAGAUGUGGCACAAGCAACAGACAAGACAGCUCAUUGUCGCCACAUACAAAACUAUGUUGCCAGCUGUCAAGAGAUUGGAACGUCAAUCAACAUUUGGAGGAACACAACCUUCUGUCCACUGACAUGUUUCAAAAACAGCCACUAUGAACUCUGUACCGACACCUGUUCAUCUACCUGUGCAAGCCUGACAAAGUCACAGAGAUGCUCCAUGUGUCAGGAAGGUUGUCAGUGUGACGAUGGUUUCUUGUUUGAUGGAGGUGAAUGUAAGGCUUUGCAGGAUUGUGGAUGUCAUGUAGAUGGAACAUAUUACAAGUCUGGUGAAGCAGUUGUUCUGGGAGAGUGUGAAGAGACAUGCACCUGCACAGCUGGAGUGUUUACCUGUGUACCUAUGGAAUGCAAAAAAGAGGAGAUUUGUGACAAAAAAGAUGGUGCCGUUGGAUGCUACAGCAAAAAAACAUACUGUCCAGUCAACAUGCACUAUGAGGCCUGCGGCACAGCCUGUGCUGCCACUUGUGCUAAUCGAGAUGGUCCAGAAAAGUGUGCACUGCCAUGUGUGGAGGGCUGCCAGUGCAAUGCAGGUUUUGUUCGCAGUGGCGAUGAGUGCAUACCUGUGAAACAGUGUGGCUGUGCUUACAAAGGCCAAUAUUAUCUUCCUGGUCAAACUUUUUGGGGUGAAAAACAAUGCACAGAGAAAUGUGUGUGCAACCCUCAAACAGGAAAUGUUGAAUGCGCACCUGCAAAGUGUAUGAAUUCCCUGGUGUGUGGAGUUCGAAAUGGAGUGAAGGAUUGUUACCCAUUGUCAUAUGGUAUCUGCCAGGGUGCAGGAGAUCCACACUACCGCACAUUUGAUGGCAAGGCAUUUGACUUCCAAGGAACCUGCACAUAUUAUUUGUCCAAACUACUGAACACAGCUGACACGACCCUGAUACCCUUUGAAGUAUUGGUCAAGAAUGAGAACAGAGGAAGGAACAUGGCAGUUGCUUACACUAAGAGUGUAUCAUUAACAGUUUAUGGAUACACAAUUGUCUUAACUAAGGAAAGCCCAGGCAAAGUGAAGGUCAACGAUCUGUUUGUUAAAUUGCCAUUUGAACUGGAAGAUGGUCGACUCUCAAUAUUCUACAGUGGGUAUUUUGGCAUGAUAAAAACUGACUUUGGUCUGACCUUGAAAUUCAAUUGGGACAGCCACGUAGCAUUGACUCUCCCCAGCACUUACUACGGUGUCGUGGGAGGGCUUUGCGGCAACUGGAACGACAAUAUCAAUGAUGAUUUACUUACUCCAAACAACACUCUUGCUGCAACUGCAUCCAUUUUUGGCACCAGCUGGAAAGUCAAGGACGAUCCUGGAUGUUCAGAUGGAUGUCAGGGAAAAGCAUGUCCUAAAUGUGAUGUUGCAGAGAGAAAUAAAGACACUUUUACAAAGCCUUGCAGCAAGAUCACUGACAAACAGGGACCUUUUAAAGGCUGCCACAGUAAAGUGAAUCCAAAUCAGUUUUAUGAGGAUUGUGUGUAUGAUAUGUGCAUGUACGGUGGCCAUUCAUCAGCCCUCUGUAGUGCUCUUACUGCAUACACAGCUGCUUGCCAACAUGCACUGGGUGCAGUGGAGUCCUGGAGGACUGACAGCUUUUGCCCUACAACCUGUAAGUCACACAGCCACUAUGAGGUUUGUGCAGCAGGAUGUCCACAGACCUGCAGUGGCCUUACAGAGCCCAAGAGCUGUAAGGGCACUCCCUGCGCUGAAGGCUGCACAUGUGACAAGGGCUUUGUCCUUAGCGAUGGUGAGUGUGUGGCUGCACAGCAAUGUGGCUGUACUUACAAGGGCCCAGUACUACCAGUUGGGUCAAGUGUUCUUCCCUCAAGACAAGUGUCUCCAGAGAUGCACCUGCAAAGAGAAUGGAAAAGUUCAGUGUGA